AUGAAAUCUGUACAAGCACUACUACUGAGUCUGACGGCCGUUUCAGCCGUGGUAAGUGGUGAGAGUAACAUACGCUACAGUCCAGCGGGUACCACGGAUGGCGAGAUGCCUUCUUCCCAAGAUACCACGAAUAAGAACGCCGAACUUGCUAGCCUCUUGGUGGAGUUGCAAACGCAAUUGCAGCUUCAAUAUCGCCUAAAACAAUUGGCUGCAACCACUGGCCAUAAUGAGUUGGAUCGUUACACUCCACUGAAUGAAGAAUCCGGACGAUACAAUGAAGAGUCUGGACGAUACAAUGACGAGUCUGGACGAUACAAUGAAGAGUCUGGACGAUUCAAUGACGAGUUCACUCCGUUCAACAAAGAGUCUGCUCCUUUCAAUAAAGAGUCCACUCCGUUGAGCAAAGAAUAUGCUCCCGUUAACGAUGAGUCCGCUCCGCUUAACAAAGAAUCUGCUCGAUUUAACGCGAUGGAUGAUGCUGUCCGUGUCGUGGCGAUGGAGCAACAGGCGAAUGAUGAAGCACUGGAUAGGAAGACGGCGUGUUUAAAAGCCGUGGAGAGGAUCCACGAGAAGGAGGAACUGGAGCAAGAGACGAUGACGCUUAUGUUGUAUAUUCGUUCGACUUUUGACAAAGUCUCGCUCCAGGUAUGGGGUGGAGCGUCAUGCGAAGACCUCGAUCGUCCUGAGCUGGUGGAACAGUGUAACCUUGUGCUGAAGUCAGAAGAUGUGGUGCAGAAGUACCUGCUUGAAGGCAAGACAGACGACCAAGUGUGCGACAUCAUUUCCACCGUUACAGACUUGGAUGCUACGGACGAUUUUCCCUGCCAUUUGUGUCAGAGAUUUGUGCAGAUGGUCGACCGUGCGAUUUCACAGGACGUGCAGCAGGUGGAGCAUGUCCAAGAGAUUGUCGGCGAUUUGUGCAAGCCUGCCGACUCGUUGUGCCGCGCGUUUCCUGACAAUUUCGAUGCCAUUUUGAGAUGGGUACUAAUCGGUGUUGAGCCCCUUGAUGUAUGCUCGCGUCUCACCAUGUGCUCAGCGGAUAGCCCGUGA